CCGAGGCGGUUGUCCAUCGGUCCGCAGGAGCACUUUGCCACUCUUCGGGGCAUUACAAGUAGCCGAAAUCGUGAACGCAACCGACACCGAGCAUCCAGAAGCGAUUGAUCAGCCGCCGGUUCAUCUGAUCGAUAAUGUGACUUGAAUUACUCAGUGCAAUCAGUUUGUCACGCAGCUAAAAAUAUAAAAAAAGAAAUAUUUAUAAAAGAAAGAAAAACCAAAUUAAUAACAUCAAAUAACGUGCAAUGAAAGUGAAUGAGCGUCUCCUCUCACAGCGUUUGUAGUGCACUUAUAAAGUAUCCAAUUAAAUGGGACUCCGGCUCCGGCUCCGGCUGCGGCUUCUCAGACAACAAUAACAGAAAAAUACCUGCCCGGGGGCAAUAAAAAUAAUAGCAGCUUUGUGUCAAUAAAACAAUGCGAAAUGUUUUGAUAUGAAAGCGGAGGACUGCGCAGGAAAGCGAUUGCAUUAAUUAACCGGACGUGCAACUGGACACAAUGACCACAGUUGGGCCGUCUUCCUGCUCCAACAACUCCAGGGAUAUGGCAGGAUAUGGCUGGGCCUAGGCGGGCUGCUGCCGGAGAUAGCCACACUCGAUUGAGAACCCAACUGGCCGAUCCAUGGCUGUCAACUUGCAGCUGAAUAAUUUAAGCGUCAUUUAUCCAUCGCUCAUGUAUGUGGCCGCCUCCUCUCCCUCCUCCCUUCGGGGAUUGGGGCUGGGAGUGGGUGGUCUGCCGGAGAACAUAUCCAUCGUGUACGAGGAUGCGGCCAACGGGACGGGUGGAGGCAGUGGAUAUCCCAGCGGCCCGAACGGAACGGAUGCAGUGGCUCUCACCGAACCCGGACCCACGGCACCCGUGACCACAUUUAAUUACUACAACGAGUCGGCAGCGGCCGCCGAGUGGGCGCACUUCUACGACCUGGUGCUCUCCUGGCAGGGCAUCAUCCUGAUUGCCGUCUUUGCCACCUUCAUCGUGGUCACCGUCAUCGGGAACACCCUGGUGAUACUGGCCAUAUUGACCACUCGCCGGCUCCGCACCAUUACCAACUGCUUUGUGAUGAGCCUGGCGGUGGCCGACCUUCUCGUGGGCAUCUUCGUCAUGCCCCCCGCCGUCGCCGUCCAUCUCAUAGGCUCGUGGCAACUGGGCUGGGUGCUCUGCGACAUUUGGAUCUCCCUGGACGUGCUCCUCUGCACGGCCUCCAUUCUCAGCCUGUGCGCCAUCAGUGUGGACAGAUAUUUGGCCGUGACCAGGCCGCUCACGUACUCCCGUAAACGGCGCUCGAAACGGUUGGCCCUCAUCAUGAUCCUAAUAGUCUGGCUGCUCGCGUUGGCCAUCACCUGUCCCCCCAUGCUGGGAUGGUACGAGCCAGGUCGAAGGGACCUCCGCGAGUGCCGAUACAACCAGAACGAGGGCUACGUCAUCUUCUCGGCCAUGGGCUCCUUCUUCAUACCCAUGGCAGUCAUGAUUUAUGUGUAUGCAAGAAUUUCCUGUGUCAUUGCAUCCAGGCACGACAAUAUGACCGACAUAAGUGUUCACAACAAGAAAUUCAAGCGCUACACGGCAGCGGACGUAGAGAACGAGCUGUCGGAGCAGGAGCAGCACAGCUCGGUGGGCCAGCGCCAGAGACAGGCCACCUCGAGGACCUUCUCCAACCAGACGAUAGCCAAGGAGCUGCACGACAUGAUGCUCAGCGACAGCGACAACUGUGCGCCAGUAGGCGCUGGAGGAGCCGGAGGCGCUGCAGGAGGAGGAGGCGCUGGAGGAGGAGGUGGUGUCACUGGCGGCACCCACUGUCAAUCCCUGCUGGCCCUUCCCUCCGGCGGAGGAGGUGCCUCCAUGGGUUGCGCCAAGAAUGGGUGCUACGAACUCACACGACCCUCCUCGCUGAAGCGCACUUCCACCGCCUCCACGACCAUUACCACAAUGACGAGUGGCAUGGGGCCGGGAAGCAGUCUCCUGGAUGCGCAGUGGCAGUCCCAGGCGCCGGCUCACACGGGACAGUCGCAGACCCACUCCCUCUCGCAGCCACCGCGAACACACAGCUUUAGGCAUUCGCAUGGGGAGCGAGAGCGGGAGAGGGAGAGACUGAGGAGCCAUCACCACCAUCCGCAUUAUCAUCACCAGGCGGGCGUGACCACCACAUCGAGCAGCGGGAACACCAGUGGAAACACCAACAGCAAAUCGCUGUCCAAUCGGAUUACGUCGCUGAAGAAGGAGAACAAGACCACCCAAACCCUUAGCAUUGUGGUGGGCGGCUUCAUCGCCUGCUGGCUGCCCUUCUUCAUAAACUAUCUGAUCACCCCUUUCCUGGCCGAGCACCAGGCCAGCCAAAUGCUGGCCAAGGCCCUCACCUGGCUGGGAUGGUUCAACAGCGCCAUCAAUCCCUUCAUCUACGCCUUCUACAGCGUCGACUUCCGGGCGGCCUUCUGGCGCCUCACCUGCAAACGCUUCUUCAGCGCCGGCCAGAAGCCGCAGUUCCCCACGAACACCAUGUCCAUCAGGCGAUAGAGUUGGACUGGAGUCGCCUGGAAGGACGGCAACCCUUCGAGCCCUGAACAAAUAGCCCCGCAUAACAUAUUAUUAACAUAUUCAUUAACUUUAGACGCGUCGGCGGCAAAAAAGGUGUGGUCCCUAAUUGCACCCACAGUCCAUGUGUAAUUGUUCUCUAGUUUCUCGUAUAGUUUAUUUCAUCGUCAGGGGUUGCUUCCGAUUCUGGAUCAUUUUGCACUUAGGAGACGAACCUCGCCCACUAGGAAUUCCACUGGUUUCAAUUGACCUUUCAGAAAUGCUAGGCCGUUACAGUAUUUUCAAAGUCUAUAGUGAAACUUCUUAACGCAGACACUCAACUGAUUUAACAUAACAAUUGGAAUCUUUCUUGACUCAGAACACCAAUAAUAUCUCUUAUUUGUUUGUACACAUAAAAGCUUUUUAACUAUAUUUACUUCCAAAUUUUCCUAAGCUUCGAGUUAAACACUUCCACUGUUGAGAAAAUUUAUGGAUAUAAUAUAGAUAAAAAGCUGAGCCACACUAUCUACCUAUCUCAUAAACGAAUGCCAUGAAAUCUUUUUGUGGUCUAAAUUUGUUUUGUAGUCACAGAAAAUAGAGUUUUUAUCGUCAUAGUUAGGGACAUAUUAAUUCCCUUAGCACAAAAUUGACUUGGCGAUGUUCGACGUAAUGAAGCUUGACUGUACAAAGAUGGCAAUACAUGCAUUGACGCGACUGCAGGCGAAGAUUUCAAGGUAUUUUUGCAUGCCAGACCCAUGGAAAAUCGGAUGCGUAUCGAUUUAGUAAUUUCCGCGCGACUUUUCCGCUCAGCGGGCGGCGCCUUGAAAAUGGCAACAUUUUCCUUGGAUGUUGCUGUUUGCUGGGCCGUCAAGACAACUUGGACUUGGCCAGUGGCACAGACAGUCUAGAUGGAUGGGAAAACUUGUUUAUAUGGCUCACCGAAAUUACGGCCAUUGCUUGUGCUCCGAAAUUCAGCAGCGUGCUUGCGGGGAGGUAACCAGUUUGGUGGUGACCCCGAACCACUUCCGCAUUCUCUUUGGCGAUUUACGAUGCAGCUAGCUAGUCGCUCUCGUACUUGCGUUAAGUGCAGGCAUAUAUAUCUCUAAGUAUCACAGUAUAUCAUUUCAACUGAUAUCAGGACAUCAUAAAGCAUAUAGCCCAGGGAUACGCAUUGAUUGAUUUACAUGGGAAGGGACUGAAAUCAGUGGAAUAUCAUUGGCUGGGAUCGAGUUGAGAAUUAGCUUUAAUCAGCAUUAUCGGAAUACUACUUAAAAACAGUUACUGUGAUUUAGUUUAUAGUUGAAGUCGACUGCGACUUCAUGAGUUUUUCUUUAGCAUUAACAGUACUCGUAUAAAGUGAGUGCGAGUGUGAUUUAAUGGGUGAAAGUGAGUGUGUGAAUGGGAUGUAAUCAAUUGUACGAGUAUAAUCUAAGGCAUAAUUUAUUCAGGCCAUCAGCAGCUUAGCUAACCCUUAAGUAGGACUACACUUCGUGUUGUACCAAGCAAUCUACUUUCCUAACUCCAUCCAUAGCCGGCGGCGGUGUGAAGUCAUAAACGCAAUCAAGCAAUGCUACGCCUACGACAUAGAGAUUAAGUCAGACGAAACUCUCAUCAGCAACAGCAUGCCAUCCUUUUCCCCGCAUCCCUCAGUAUAUCUGAAUAUCUGAUUUCCGGAAUAUCAGCUCACAAGUCAGGCCUAACAAGUCAAACAGAUGCUCCGGGUGAGGAGAUGGCUUCCGUCCCGUCGAAGGACGAACCAACUCGGCGGAUGGAGUUCAUCGUCGCACGCCCACGUAUCGUAUCGUAUCGUAUACCAUAUAUCUCAUUUCGUCUCAUUCCGGCUGAUAUCACAGACAUAAUCCGCAUAAUCUGCAUGCAAAUAUAUGUAAAUUUAUUAAUAGUUGUGUGUGUACGAACAGCAAGUUUUUGGAAACGAACAAAUAAAUAGACAAUUCGAAAAGACAAA